AUGCGGCAAUCCUCCGUCGAUGCCAACGCCAACGAGGCGUUGGCGAGAAUGGGUUACAAGAGUGAACUGCCUCGAAAUCUGAGCAUGUUGAGUGUCCUCGGACUUUCUUUCGCAAUCAUGGCCGCCCCGUAUGGUCUAAGCACCACGCUGUACAUUACCCUCACCGACGGCCAGUCCGUCAGCGUUAUCUGGGGCUGGGUGCUGGUCACUCUGAUCUCCCUCGCGAUCGCCGCCUCUCUGGCUGAGAUCUGCGCCGUGUAUCCGACGGCCGGCGGCGUUUACUACUGGAGCGCCAUGCUCUCGUCCAAGGAAUGGGCGCCCAUGAUGUCCUUUAUCGAUGGCUGGUUGACGCUCGUUGGUAAUUGGACCGUCACGCUGAGUAUCACGUUUGGCGGCGCCCAACUGAUCCUCAGCGCCAUCUCCCUGUGGGACGAGACGUUUGUGGCCAAUGCUUGGCAGACCGUGUUGAUGUUCUGGGCGGUGAUUCUCUUCUGCGCGCUGGUCAAUAUCUUCUUUUCCAAGUGGCUGGAUUUGAUCAAUAAGGUUUGUAUUUUCUGGACGGCGGCUAGCGUCAUCAUCAUUCUGGUGACGCUGCUGGUCAUGGCCGGCGAUCGCCGAGACGCCGCGUUCGUGUUUGGUCAUUACGAUGCUUCGGCCAGUGGGUGGCCGUCCGGAUGGGCCUUCUUCGUCGGCUUGUUACAGGCUGCCUAUACUCUGACCGGGUACGGUAUGGUGGCGGCCAUGUGCGAGGAGGUGCAGAAUCCCCAUCGCGAGGUCCCUAAAGCCAUUGUGCUGUCCGUGUUUGCCGCCGGCGUUACCGGUGUCAUCUACUUGAUUCCCAUCCUGUUUGUCCUGCCCGAUGUCAAGAUGCUCCUCAAUGUCGCUAGCGGCCAGCCGGUCGGAAUGAUAUUCAAGAUAGCGACGGGGUCCACCGGCGGAGGCUUCGGUCUGCUGUUUCUCGUUCUGGGAAUUAUGAUAUUUGCCGGCAUCGGCGCCUUGACAGCCGCCAGCCGGUGCACCUACGCCUUUGCUCGCGAUGGGGCCAUUCCCGGAUUCCGCCUCUGGCGAAGGGUGAACAAGCGUCUGGACGUACCGAUUUGGGCCAUCAUUCUCUCGGCGGCGGUCGACUGCCUGCUCGGAUUGAUCUACUUUGGUUCAACCGCCGCCUUCAACUCGUUCACGGGCGUAGCGACCAUCUGUCUGUCGACCUCGUACGGCCUGCCCAUCUUCAUCUCGGUGCUUCGCGGGCGCGAGGCCAUCAAGGAAUCGACCUUCUCACUAGGCCGGUUCGGGUACGCCAUCAACAUCCUGACGAUCUGCUGGAUCCUGCUGGCCGUGGUCCUCUUCUGCAUGCCGGUCUCGCUGCCGGUGGACGCCGAGUCGAUGAACUACGCCAGCGUGGUGUUCGCGGGGUUCGCGGCCAUCAGCAUUGGCUGGUACGUGGUGUAUGCGCGGAAGCACUUCACGGGGCCGCCAGUCAGCGGCGAGCAGAUGGCGGAGCUGUCACAGGUGAUGAGCGGGAAGGUGGUGGUGGACGUAGAGAAUGGUGAUGAAAACGAGAUGGAAAUGAAGAUGAAGAAGUGA